GCUCUUACCCCAGAUCCAGCCCGAUGACGAGGGGCUCCAGGUCGUAAGAAUAGGCAGCGCCUAGCUCACGGAGAGAUCGUUCCUGUUGCUCUUGCGCCUGAUCGACGAUGCGCAGAGGGCGUCGAGGGCACCUGACAGAAAGUGCUCGAUCUGCCGGCACAAAGGAUGCAGUUAGUAGUCAAAAUGAUCGUCGACAAGUGGCAACUGCCCGUGACCUCUCCGCCUAGCCGGCCGCUACGGAACAAUUUGAGGACGGCGCUAGCUGCGUUUAGCAACCUUCAGCCACGGACAGGCUCGCGGACUCGCGCCUACUUGUCGACUGGGCCUGGACUUGGCUGUCCGGACCGCUCGCCUGAGUGCGUGCACAGCCGUCCCCGCGUCUCCGCGUUGGACGGCGCGCCAGCGCCACUCGCUUCGAAUCGCUUGGCACCACAGCAGUCUGCUCCCUUCAUCCUCAUGCCCGUCUUUGCGCCAUGCCUUCAGGAGGAAAGACAUAUUCUCGCCGAGCCGUCGCCGUCGACGAUGUUACCAAAGGGCGGAGUCGGCUUCAGCAGCACACGACCUCGACAAACAGCAACCCCCAGAAAGCUUGUCGCAAGCUCUGCUGAUGGCGAGAGCCUAGUUUGAGGAGCACUACAUCCACGGCGAGCCGGCGACCGGGCUCGUUGGUUGAGAGUGAUCGUCUUUGCCACGACUGGCCGACCGCGGUAGACCAUUGAAGGUGCCACAUUGCUCAAUCGUCGUCACCUCUUUGCCUGGCAAAGGGUGGCGCAUGGUGCGCCUCCCGCGCCACCAGCCACCUCGCGGGGAAAUCAAUGAAGGGAUCUGCGGCUUCGUGUCCAUGUUCCAAAGCUCGAUUGAGACUCGACUGCAACACGCGGGGAGAUGAUGCUCUGGAGAUGAGAAGCGCCGGCGAUGAGA